AUGUGGACUCAGUGGGAUUCCUCCUCCUGCGGUGGGUUCGACCUCCGCAGCUGCUCCCAUCAUUCACCACAAAAACAUGUUCUCAGACAGAAGAUAAAUCAAAAAUGUUUUAGUCCAACUGUUCAGGAGCAAAAGGAGCCACAGGAGCCACACAAGCCACACGAGCCAGAUGAGCCUCAGGGCCGACACGAGGGCCGACACAGGAGCCACGAGGGCCGACACAGGAGCCACACAGGAGCCGACACAGGAGCCACAAGGGCCGACACAGGAGCCGACACAGGAGCCGCAAGGGCCGACACAGGAGCCACACAGGAGCUGACACAGGAGCCACACAGGAGCCGACACAGGAGCCACAACGGCCGACACAGGAGCCACACAGGAGCCGACACAGGAGCCACAACGGCCGACACAGGAGCCACAAGGGCCGACACAGGAGCUACAAUGGCCACAAGGGCCGACACUGGUGCUACAAUGGCCACAAGGGCCGACACAGGAGCUACAAGGGCCAACACAGAGCUGCAAUGGCCAUAA